GGAGCGCGCGGUCCGCGCGGCCACUGGAGACCAGGCGGCCGGCGGCCGGGCAGGCGGCGGCAGCGGCAGCGGAUGGGGACGCGGAGUCGGGCGGCUGUGGCUGUGGCGGCGGCCGGGAAGCAGCUGGCGGGCCGGCGGCGGCGGCGGCGCUGGCGGCGGUGACGGGCCCAGGCCCCGGCGGCGGCAGCGACGCGGUGGCGGGCUGCGGGCGGGCGGCGUGAGGAGCGGCGGCGGAGCGCGGGGCCGCCGGGAAGCCAGGGCGCCGAGACGCCCCCUGCCCAGUCCUCGCAGGCCGCCAGGCCCCCUCCAGCCGGGGCCGUGGAGCACCGGGGCAAAGGCCGGGGCCCCCCCAUGAAGGAGCGCGACGCGGCCCCGGCCGAGCGGGGCAAGCCGGCCACCUACACCGGGGACAAGAAGGCGAAGAUGGCGGCCAAGACCAACAAGAAGUGGGUCCGGCUAGCCACGGUGUUCGCCUACGUGCUCUCCGUGUCGCUGGCCGCCAUCGUUCUGGCCGUCUACUACAGUCUCAUCUGGCAGCCGGUGGGCGCCGGGACCUCGGGGGGAGCCGUCGGCCCGCCCCCCAGCGGCUCCAACACCACCGGCCCGUCUGGGACUUCGGGGGCGGGGGCGGCGGGGCCCAACACCACCGGGUCGUCCGGCCGCGAGGCGCCACGCGACGCACCCCCGCUGCAGGCGGCGAGACCGGCGCCCCCGGAGCCCGCUGCAGACAGCCCCCUGGCUGGGCCGCUCGAACGGCCGCGGGGGCCGGACGAGGACGAAGAGGAAGCGGCCGAAGAGCCCCGGAGUCGUUGAAUCUCUCCGCGUUGGGGACGGUCGGGAAUCGUCGUCCCCUAAGCCCCGGAGCAGGACUUGGCAGCUGGACCGGCUCCGGAGCCCGCCGGAGUGACCCCUACGCGAGCGUACGCCCCCACACACCUCAGCGAUCGCCAGCUUGCCCCGGGAGCCGGUAAUGCACAACCGGAUCUUCAGCCAAGGGACCACGAUUCGCCGGGGACUCGGGGUUUGAUCUUCCCAGCACCGUGCUGCGCCAGGGCCCUGAGCCAUAAGGGGAACUGGGGGGAGGGUGGGGCGAGCCUAGCACCCAGUCCUUCUGUGCUGCUAGCUCUGGUGUUUUCUAAACGCAGGGGGUGACUCGGGCGCCCCCUCCCCAAGACUCAGGGGAAGGUAGGGAGUUGUGUAGGGGCUCUUUUUUUUUUUUAAUAAGCUGAGGCUCUCCCAAAGAAGAGAGCACCAAAAGUAGCGGAGCUCAGGUACGUCAACCUAGUUGCAGUGGCCAGACAUGCGUUUAAUUUAUAGAUCCCUGUAUAUAGUUGUUGACAUAUGCACUAGACGCUAUAAUCACAUAGAACUCUAUGUAUCUCCCCACAGCCUGGGUAGCUACUGAAUGGUGGGGUCCAGCAAGGGCUAUUUGCUGGCCUUCAAACUGCACUUAGCCAGAAGGGCACAAACACAAGCUUUUUUUUUUUUUUUUUUUUUUUUCCAUCACCCACUCUUUCACCUGUUUCAGAAAGAUAAGUUUCUGACGUUCUUACACACGAGUAUAAUCAUUCCUAGACCCCUACCAUGACAGUGGGAAAACCUUAGCAAUAGAAGCUAUUUAGGGAGGGUGGGGAAUGUGCUGAUCCCCCUCCGGUUCCCAUCCUAGUGCUCCCACCAAAGUGGCUUCCUGUUGUAGCCUGAGUCUCUGGAUCCAUGCCAGGGGUGAUGGCGAGAAAGAGUAAGGCUGCUGUGUUUAGAUGAGUCCCUUCCCUCACAGAAUUCCUUUAGGAAGAGCAAGCCUUUUUAAGUACAGUGAUUGGCAAGUGUUUUCUCUCAUUCCUUUUCCGGCUCCUCAGCUAUCUUACCGGUUCCAAAUCUUGUCUUAUUUCAUUUCUUGCCCUUCUAGAUCUUGUCUUACUCAUUUUUGCAUUUCCUAUUUUCUAAGCCUAAAACAGCAGCUUGCCGUUAGGGCCAAAUCAGUUGCAAAACCAGAGCUUUGAUGUGGUUCUGAGUUGCUUUAUGGGGCAAGAAAGAGCAGAAGGUAGAAUUCAAGUUCAGGAGUGUGCUUAGAUAGCCAGUGAAGAGGCCAGCUAUUGGAGGAUUGAACUGGCAGCUUGUCUUUCUCAUUCCUUAUAAGCUUCCACUUAAAUGCAGCCAACGAUUUUCUAGAGGUGGUCGCACACGCACACGCACCCUAGCAGGAAUUAUUCUUCAGUUUGGAUUCCUUUUCCCCUGCCACUUGCUGUUAGGCAGUUGAGUGUGGGUAGUGACAGAGAUCAAACCCCUUAGUGUUUCCUUUUUGGGAAAUAAGCAAUUUAAAAGAGAAACAAAACAGGAACCUUGCACACCUUAGUCUUGAAACUGUCUAUCCACUUUCUGGCCUACCUUGUAGUCAGCUCUGAUUCAGGUUUACAGGACAAUAGUCUUGAUUUAAGCCAUGUCCUGACCUGGGCAAGAAAGUAGCAGCUAAGCUGGCAGCCUCCCAGCAGGCUGCUCACACCCAAGGUGUCUGGGCUUGGAGCGUUGUUCUUCACAGCUGAUGAGGACUUAAGUCAUUAGGAGGCCCAUGGGGACUUUUUAAAUUUUUGAUGAGAGACUGGGGGGAAGAAACAUAAAAUGCCACUUUGUAUCUUCAAUAAUAGCCUGUCAUUUAUAUUUAUGGUGUGAAUUUUUAGUCCUAUAUUUUAAUAAUUUGUAAAUUGAUCUCUUAUUCCAAGAAUCCUCUGGACUGUGGGAGAGUGUCUGGGAGUCCAUUCCUCUUCCCCUCCUGACCCUGCUUUAUGGACUGUUUAAAUCCACUUUGGAUCAAAGAGUUCAGCAAGACCACUCGUGGUCCAGCUGGCCUCCUGACUCUAUAAGCCUUCACUGGAAUUGGGACUUUUCUCCAGCCCUAGCUGUGAACAUGACCAGAGACAUUAUUUAUAAUUCAGCCAUUCAAGAUAAUACCUGUACUUUAAAAGUCCUGUAUAUUUUUUAAAAGUUUUAUUUUUCAGGUGAACAAAAAUACAUUCUAAGAACUCUG